CUUAGAUUCUCAACCGGAACCAAGACCGAUCCGCGUUUCAUCGGCAUAGAUGGGCAGAAAGCGAGAACGUCGCGCCGGAGAUCGCACCGACAAACCGUCUGGAUCUCUCACUGAAUCAGAUCGCAAAGGCAACACCACCACCACCACCACAACGGUAUUACUGCUCUUUGUAGUUCCUAUCGUUUCCGUUAUAGUUUACCGUAUAUUGCACACCCCUUCUCCGGCUGCCCCCGACCUACCGUAUGUCUACCGCCGAGGACUCGUUGCUGAGAAAAUUGACUACCGGCAAGUUCUCCAUGAGAAUACGAUUACUUCGGAGAAUUCAUCUCGAAGAAAUUUUGAAAAUCCUGUGUUUGCUUACAUUACUCCAUGGAAUUCACAAGGAUAUGAAAUGGCAAAGAAGUUUAGCAAUAAGUUUACUCAUCUUUCCCCUGUGUGGUACGAACUAAAGAGCCAGGAAACAAAAUUGGUUUUGGAGGGAAGGCAUAAUGCUGAUAAACGUUGGAUUUCAGAUAUCAAGAGGACGGGAAAUUCUCAGAUUUUACCUAGAGUUGUUUUGGAAGCAAUUCCCCUGGAUCUGCUGAAAAAGAAAAAACAGAGGGAGAGAGCAAUUAAUCUUAUUGUAACAGAAUGCAAGGAAAUGGGAUACGAUGGUAUCGUGUUGGAGUCCUGGUCAAGAUGGGCAGCCUAUGGAAUUUUGCAUGAACCAGGCAUGCGAGUUACAGCUCUGCAGUUUGUCAUUCAGCUCGGACAAGCCAUGCAUUCCGUUAGCUUAGAUCAGCAUAAAAGGCAGAGUUUGCAAUUAGUAUAUGUCAUAGGUCCACCCCGCUCAAAGGAGUUGGAAGAAUAUGAUUUUGGCCCAGAAGAUCUUCGAAGAUUAGGUGAUGAUGUGGAUGGUUUCUCUCUUAUGACUUACGAUUUCUCAGCUCCGCAGAAUCCAGGUCCAAAUGCACCUUUGAAGUGGAUUCACUCUACCUUGGAACUUCUCCUUGAUGCCACCAGCUCUAGUGGUCAUGAGAAACUGGCCAAAAAAAUUUUCAUCGGCAUCAACUUCUAUGGGAAUGAUUUCAUUGUUUCUGGAGGCUUAGGUGGCGGGCCUAUCGUGGGAAGAGAGUAUGUAUCUUUGCUGGAGCAGCACAGACCCCAACUGCAGUGGGAGAAGAAUAGUGAAGAGCAUUUCUUCCUGUACAUCGACAAUCAGGAUGUUAAGCACGUUGUGUUCUAUCCAACGCUGAAGUCUAUCGCAACGCGGCUGCAGGAGGCUGCUUCCUGGGGUGCCGGCAUCUCAAUCUGGGAAAUUGGUCAGGGAUUGGAAUAUUUCUUCGAUAUUUUGGAAGUAGUACCAUUUUCCCAACUAGUUGCAACAUUGCAUUUAAAAUUCAUCAAAAAAAGAACAAAAAAACCAUUCCAUCUCAAGACAGCAUAUCAACCAGAGAAUAGCUAUAUUACAUCUUCUACAUCUCAUAGUUUUUAUGUCUUGAAAAACCUCAAGAAAACAGUGGCAAUGGAGGCCCUCAAUGCAGCUGGCUUGUCUCCACUCUCAGUUCUUGCAAAAACAACAAAGCCCAGAAAACAUUUGUCAGCAGCCACCAUUCCUCAAUUCAAGAUUCAAAAUCCCACAGAGAAUGUCCUGUCAUCUGUUUCAAGAAAAUUGCAGUGCGGUUUGAUGGUCUUAUCUUCAGUUAUGAGUUCUGAAUUCGCCAAAGCGCUGACAUACGAAGAAGCCCUGCAGCAGACAACCUCAGCAGGAUCAGAUACUGGUGGAUUUCUUGACAAUGUAAUCAGUUUUGCAACUGACAAUCCGCUGAUUAUCGGUGGCGGAUUGGUGGGGCUGGCGGUGCCACUGGUGGUGUCUCAGCUCUUCAGCAAGCCAAAGCCAUGGGGAGUGGAGACUGCCAAGAAUGCUUAUGCAAAACUGGGUGGUGAUGAUUCCAAUGCUCAAUUGCUGGAUAUACGAGCACCGUUAGACCUCAAGGAAGGCGGCAGCCCAGAUAUUCGAGGCCUCAAGAAGAAGCUGGUGGCAGUUGCCUACAAAGGUGAAGACAAGCCAGGAUUCUUGAGCAAGCUGUCUUUGAAGUUUAAAGAUCCAGAAAACACCACUCUGUUCAUUCUGGACAAAUUUGAUGGAAACUCUGAACUUGUCGCGGAGCUGGUAACGGUCAAUGGCUUCAAAGCUGCUUAUGCAAUCAAAGAUGGUGCUGAAGGACCGCGAGGAUGGAAGAGCAGUGGCCUUCCUUGGAUAUCCCCAAAGAAAUCAGUGGGCAUCGACCUGAGUAGUCUGACGGAUUCUUUUGGGGACGCUUCUGAAGCUUUGCCUCUGGUCCUCGGUGUUGCAGCUGCUGCUGGUCUUGGGCUAUUGGCUUAUACAGAGGUAGAAACGAUUCUCCAGGUCCUGGGAUCAGCUGCUCUUGUCCAGUUUGUGAGCAAGAAACUCCUGUUCGCAAAGGAUCGGAAGCAAACUGUUCAACAGAUUGGUGAGGUCUUGAAUGCGAAAGUUGGUGCAAAGGAGCUUGUUGGUGACAUACAGGAUAUCGGAAAGGCUCUUCUGCCACCGAUCAUUUCCACCAGCAAAUCUCUGCCUGCAGCAGCAGAGGUGACCACCCCUCCCCCCAGCCCCAGCAUUGUGCAGGAAGCCGAGUCUGUUCCUGAGGCGAACAGCACACCUCUAAAAGUCGAGGCAGCUCCAGAGCCAACUCCGGAGGUCAAUUCUGUCCCUAAAGCAGAAGUUGAAGAAGAAUCUCUCCCUCUGCCUCCAAGGCCUCUUUCACCAUAUCCUAACUACCCCGAUUAUAAGCCUCCGACUUCACCGAUUCCAUUGCGGCCAUGAGGUUGCAGCUGUGCUCGCGCAAUAAAUCAAGCAUUGGGGAGAAUCUAUAUAAAAUCGAGUUUUUUGAGCAUGCAUAAGUGUGUGAAAGAGACAUAUCUGGUUGUUGAGUACAGUAGUUUUUAAGGUGUAGUUUCCGUUGUCUCAUUCUUUGUAUUUUGAGACAUGUAAAUGGUGUCUAAAUACGGUAUGUUUCAGAUUUCUAAGGAGUUGUUUCAAUGUAAUUUCUGCAAAGGAUAUAAGAGAGCUUCUCAAUGUGCCUUUAAAA